UGGCGGCGUCGCUCAGCUGGGCGCGCUCAUGUGGUUGCAAACACACCCUUCUACGGCUAUGCUAAACCGUAGUAGUAGCUAAUCAUUGGUUACUGUGUGUAUAAAUAAACUAUGGUAUAUAACAUAUAGCAUAUAGCCAGUAUAGCAGGAUCACAUAUGUAAACUGCAAUAAAUACAACUGUUGUGACGCAUAGACGCAAAUAUCUCGACGACGCAACGCUAGUCAGUCAGCCAGCCAGCCUGGGCUGGAUUUGUUGUCUUUAAGGCUGGCCAUUCCCAGAUCGGUGGAAAAAUAUGUCGCGUUUUAAAUCUGGUGCUAAAAUAAACCCAAAAUCUGGGUUUGCCAAGGAAAAAGAGUCCCCAGUCCCCCACGGGUUACUGAAAUCGGCAAGAAAAAGUGGCCAGCUUAAUCUAUCUGGACGCGGGUUAACCGAAGUUCCUCAGAGUGUAUGGAGGCUGAAUAUCGAUACCCCAGAGGAGGCAAACCAGAACCUGUCUUUUGGAGCCGCGGAUCGAUGGUGGGAGCAGACUGACCUAACCAAGCUGAUCCUGUCUUCAAACAAGCUGGAGCUGUUGUCAGAGGAUGUCAGCUUGCUGGCUGCUCUGGUGGUUUUGGAUGUCCAUGACAAUCAACUCACCAUCCUUCCCAAAACUAUCGGAGAGCUGCAACAACUUCAGAAACUAAAUUUAAGCCAUAAUAAGCUGAGGGAAUUGCCAGAGCAGCUGUGGAGUCUGACGAACCUCCGUAGUCUGCAGCUGCAGCAGAACGUCCUGGAGGUGCUCCCACAAGGAGUAGGACAGCUGGCUAAUUUAGACGAGCUGGAUCUCUCUGGGAACCAGCUGAUAGAGGUGCCUGACAGUUUAGGAGGCCUCAGUAACCUUGUGAAACUCAACCUCUCCCACAACAAGCUGAAGAGCCUUCCCCUUGGGAUCAGUGGCAUGACGAAUCUGAAGCUCCUGGACUGCACCCGCAAUCAUCUGGAGAACGUCCCACCGGUCUUGGCUCACAUGACAUCUCUGGAGCAGCUCUACCUGAGGCACAACAAGCUGCGUCUGCUUCCCGAACUCUCGUCCUGCAAGAUGCUGAAGGAGCUACAUGUCGGCAACAACCAGAUAGACUCUGUGGAGGCUCAGCAGCUGAAGCACCUGACCGCUCUUAGCGUUCUGGAGCUGCGGGACAAUAAGGUGAAGAACCUGCCCGAUGAGGUCACCCUGCUGGAAGGUCUGGAGCGCCUGGAUAUCUCCAACAAUGACAUCAGCAGCCUGCCGUAUGCCCUUGGCAACAUGACCAAGCUGAAGAUCCUGUGUCUGGAAGGCAACCCUCUGAGGACCAUUCGCAGAGAUCUGUUAACGAAAGGCACUCAAGAGCUCCUAAAAUACCUGAGGAGUCGUGUAGAAGAACAGCCAGAUGGAAAUCCCCAAGAUGUCCCACAAACUGCAAUGACACUUCCAAGUCAAGCGAAGGUCAACGUUCAUGCCAUAAAGACACUGAAGACAUUGAACUACAGCGAGAAGCAGGAAACUUCAGUUCCUGAUGAGGUGUUUGACGCAGUUGGAAAAGAUCCCAUUUCCAGUGUGAAUUUCAGCAAGAAUCUGCUGUGUACAUUCCCAGCCAGGAUCAUGGAGCUGAAGGACACAGUUACUGACAUUAACCUAGGGUUCAACAAGCUGACCAGCCUCCCAGUGGAAUUCUGCAUGCUGCUGGGCUUGGUGCACAUAGAUUUCAGAAACAACCUUUUGGAAUCCCUGCCCGCGGAGCUGGAAUCCUUAACUAAACUCAGGAGUGUAAUUUUAUCCUUCAAUAGGUUUAAGGUCUUCCCAGAGGUGUUGUACCGGCUUCACACUCUCGAGACGAUUUUAUUCAGCAACAAUCAAGUAGGCAGCAUUGACCCCAUAAAGUUGAAAGAUCUGGAAAGGCUGUCCACCCUAGAUCUGCAGAACAAUGACAUCCUGCAUGUUCCCCCGGAGCUGGGCAACUGCACCAGCUUAAGGGCCCUAAUGCUUGAUGGGAAUCCCUUCCGCCAUCCUAGGGCUGCGAUCGUGGCCAAAGGGACAGACUCUCUCCUGGAGUACCUCAGAAGCAGAAUUCCUUCAUAGUGUUCUGCGGUAUCAGAACCACCACCACUUCAUCCAAAUUAUGGAGAGUGACACACAAACAUUCUGUGCUUAAGACAUAAAAGAUUUUCAAAUGUUUUUUGACCCCAGAAGAUUUAGUCAUGCCUGGGACGAGGCGGUACCUUUUCUGCACUUAUCAUUCCUGUGCCUAGGCGAUACGUUUCCCUUUGCUAAAGUCAAGAUACAGACUCUUCUUUGUAACCAAUAUUCAUAUUUUAAAUGACUAUUAUUAUAGUCAGAAUUAAGUUGUGAUGAGUCUUGUACAUGGUCCAGAUUUUCUAUGAAUAUAAUCUUCAUCACACAACAGUGGCCUGUUUGAUGGCAAGCAAGUACUUUUUGUAUAAUUUCACACUGAACUUACAGUAUCUCACCCAUUUGUUUUUACUCUCCUGAAAUGUACUAGCCAACUUUUAGACAGACAAAAUACUGCCAACGCCAAGGUGACUUUGGGAGGAUGAAGUGAUUUUAUAAAAUGGGCAAAAUCCUUAAACAUCCUGAACAAUCUGACAGCAGCGUUUGAAUGUUUGUAGGUGAUUAUAACUACCACUGCCUGUAUAUGUUUGUGAGUGUGUAGUGUUGCCUGCUUGUUGUGGUAUAUGAAGAUAAAAUAAAAAUUGCUUGCUAAA